AACAUAAAGUGGUAUGAAAACAGUCUUGAAAUGUUGCCCGUAUGUGCUGCUCACAUUUAUUGACGAAGAAUAUCCAUCAAUAUUGUAAACUGAAACUAGGAAUAAAAUAGCUUUUUCCGCCGCGUUAAGAUGUCAGAAAUGACCACUUUUUCGAAUAUGACGGAUAGUAAAUCAAUUGUGCGAUUUGUAAGGGAUAUAGAGAGACACCCGUGUCUGUAUAAUCUGAAAUCGUUCCAAUACACAGAUCGUGAUUUGAAGAGGCAAACGUGGAUACAUAUUGCUAAGAGAUUGAACGCUACUGUUGCCGAAUGCAAAGAAAAAUGGAGAAAAAUACGUACAGCGUAUAGCAGAUCGUUAAAGCCAAAAUAUCUAAACGGUGUACGCACUCCCAGCAGGCCGUAUUACUUGGCAAGUUAUCUUAAAUUCAUUACACCUACCAAGAAAAGAAGCUCAAUAAAAAGGAAACCUUUUCUACCUCCAUCAAAAAAUAAGAAAAUACCACCGAAUUUCAUUAAAAAAGAUAUAAAAAAUGAAAACGAACCAAAACAUGUAUCUAAAUCCACUGAUUCUGAAGAUGAACUUGAUAUUCAAGAGGAUAAUCCCUUCGAACCUUGUGAGCAAAUGUUUUCAGAGGAAGAUAGCAACAGCUCUGGUAAUGACGAUGAUGAGGUCAUUGAAAUCAUAAGUAAAAAUGAUACACGCAUAGUUAAGCAAGAAACUAUUGAAGUUAAUAAAAAUAAAACAAAGGAAGUUAAGCAGGCUAGAAAUAAAAAUAACCAUAAUUGCGAUACAAUCCACAAAAGGUGCAGUUACUGUGCGAACAUUGAACGUAAGCCUAGGAAAAUGUUCCUAUUUAGCAUUCUGCCUGAGAUAGAAGAUUUCACCGAUCAGCAAAUGAGAAUUUUUAGGCGAGGGCUUAUAGAUUUAAUUGAUAAAUGUAAAUUUUCUGAAGCAUAGUGUCACUUUUUCGGUACAACGGCAUGACUUUUAUGAAAUAAGAUACAACGUUUCAUCAAACGACUAUUUUUUUUUUCACUAUAAUCUAGCCCUUUACUGCAAUCCAAUUCUUGCUGGUAAGUGAAAAUGUAGUCCAAGAUGGUAACAGGCUAAUCUGUUAUCUGUAUGGAAAUUAUACCCUAAUCGGUUUCUACGCGACAUCGUACCGGAACGCUAAAUCGUUAAGUGACAAAGAUAUGUUAUCUAACUAGCCACGGCCAAAGCCCCUCACCAGACCAGACCAGAGGAAAUUGAGAAAUUUAUUAGAUUCCCAAAUCCUCUGCGGGGAUAGAGUCCUUGGCCUUAAUCUAUUUUUGACGACCUAUUCCAUUGUAUGAUGUAUCCAUAAGACCAGAAUGUUCUUAAGUUUCAUAUUCUCGAUACCCAUAUUGUAGGAGUUCUGACGAAAUAUUUUUUCUACCAUUUUGUGGUCGCGGCAAUCUUGGACCGAGUUUCAUUAAACAUACGUCAGAACACGCCCGACUUAUUUGCCUUUCAAACAAAAAAAUUAAAGGAAAUAUACUGACACAGAGAGACAGACACACACAUACAAAGACACGUCAAACUUAUAUUACCGCGUCAUUUUUGCAGGGGGGGUUAAAAAUACAAUAGUUAAUUGAAAUCGCACGUUUUCUUAGGCGACUACUGCGUUUCCCUUAUAGAAUCACCAUACAUCGUGUGACUUUAUCACGAAGUACUUCAUCUACUUUGUAUUGAAUUGCGAUUAGCGAGAAUCGCUGCCUCCUCGAUCCGUGGCCAGCGUAUACAUCAACAUUCUUCUUUGAUUGAUCGAAAAUCUUAGUUAGUUAUUCAUUGCUCGUCUCUCACAAAAAGAUUAAAUUAAGAACAGAUUAAAUAGGGAAUGG